AUGACAAACCUGAGGCCCACUACCAUCAGGCCUAGUGUGCUCCACCCACUUGAUAGUUUCAGCGAAGCCCAGGCUCAUGCGUUAGCCGGUGAAGUCCAGCCCAAUUUCAGAAACUCCUACAUUCACUCUCGCCGGCGGGUUUGGGUGUCGGUGCCGCGAAUUUUUUUCAUUCGUUCUUUCUCUGGAGCUGCAAAGAUCAAUUCAUCAAUGGCGUCGGAAGCCUACGCAUCGAGAAACCCUGAUCAAGUCCACACCGACGUUCUCCUUCAAGCCAGACAAGCUUGCUACAAGGCUCGCGAUGCUUUCUACGAUUGUGUGAAGAAUCAAUCGGACAAGAAGCCGACGGAACUCGGCUGCGUCGGGCUGCUCUACCCGGCCGAGUGCAAGAAAGCGAGGCUUGCCUACGAGAACAGCUGCCGGCCUUCUUGGGUGAAGCAUUUCGAUAGGCUGUAUUGUAAGGAGAAGAGGGUGCAGAGGCUACUGGAUGACAAGGAAACCAGGGGAGGUUUGUUGUGUCCAAAUGCUGUGUUCUAUAACCUUGAUUAUACAUAGCCCAAUCCACAAAGAUGAGUUCUUCUGUUACAGAGUUUCCAUCUUUGACAUGGGUUCUAGGGUUGGGAAUUGGGAUUAGCUCGUUUUACUUCUGAUAUGUUGGACAAUAGAAAGAGAUGAUUGAAUUAGAUGCUAUUAGUUGAAAGAUAAAUGUAUGGAUUCCUUGGCUGGAUGGUUAAUGGUGCCUUCAUCAGCUCAAAUUUAUACCAUUUUCGCAGGGGUAUAGAGCUUGAGCUUUGGUUCAAGAUCGCUAUGGUCAGGUUGGUUUCGGUACUCAGGUUGAAUUCUGGGACAGCAUGUUCCAAGUAAAAGAGUUUGCUGCUUGCUUACUUUGUGAGAUCAGAUUCUAUUAACCGUGUCUCUCACUGAGCUUUGCUCAAACCUAGAACAGUUUGUGGUGUAUGCAGUGGAACUAAAACUGAACCAUGUACCUCUAUAUGUGUGACUGUUAUUCUUAAUGAUUACGGCCUAUGUUCCCUAAAAGAGGGCUUCGUGACCCUUGUCGAAUCUAUGCAUUUGUUGUCAUCAUACAGUGGAACAGAAAGCAUAACAUGUACUGUUUGUUUCUUAAUUUAUCCUAUACGGUUCGCACUUGUGCCUGAUCUGAUUACUUCUCAGUGUUUCACACAAUAGUUCUUAACAAACAGGAAUGAACUUAGAAGCUACAACUGCAGUUUGGACUUCAAAGUAGAACCUGACCUUGAACUUAUGAGUAGUACUGAAGCUUGUCUACAGGUAUAUAUAUAGUCACACAAAGCCUUGGUUAGUGCUGUUUCAGUUCUGCAGGAUUCAAAGAAAGCUGCAACCUUCCUUCCAUGUAAGUUCUCAACUUCCAGAUGGAUGUUAGGAAGUCUAAUAAGAGUGAAUUUGUCAACUUCCCCUUUCAGAUAGGCUUUAUUAUAAUAUGGGAUUUGAUAAUGCC